AUGCGCCUCGGGGAGCUCGCUGCAGGAACUUCCUCAACUGCUCCGGCAAGUCAGAGAAAUCGUCGGCGGCGAAUUUGA